AAUAAACAAUGAUUUAUAAAAAUUGUAAAGCUAGGAAUAUAUUAGAUGUUAUUACAAUUUGAUAAUGACAUUCUUUUAAAUUAAUAAAAUAGACAAAUUUGUCUUUUAUUUAACAUACCUACCCACAUAGAUGGGUGGUAAAAGUACAAAAUUUUUAAAUGUCGUUAAACAGCAAUUUAUUUGUCGUUUUAAUACGUCUACAAUUCAUUGGGGAAACGAAGCAGUAUUACUGGAUGGUAUUAAAACAUCAAGAGAAAUUCUGAAUGAACUUAAGCAAGAAAUUCAAGAAUGGGUUGAGGGUGGUCAUAGGGCCCCCAGUCUUGUAGCAAUACUAGUUGGAAAUGACCCUGCAAGUGAAACCUAUGUCGGGAAGAAAAUGGAUGCUGCACAAAAAGUAGGAAUCCAAAGCAAAACUGAAAGAUUUUUGGAUACUAUUAAUGAAGAAUAUUUAAUAGAAAGGGUUACAGAACUGAACAAGAAUCCAGAUGUAGAUGGAAUUUUAGUCCAGUUGCCUUUGCCACCAAACAUAAGUGAAGAAAGAGUAGUAAAUACAGUUGCCCCUAAUAAGGAUGUAGACGGUUUUCACACAGAAAAUUUGGGAAAAUUAAGCAAAAACAUGAACACAUUAGUUCCCUGUACAGCUGCUGCUGUCAUUGAAAUAAUUAAAAGGUAUAAAAUUGAAACUUUUGGCAAAAACGUAGUGGUUUGUGGACGUUCUAAAAACGUGGGUCUACCUAUUGCUAGUAUUCUGCAUUCUGAUGCAAAAUAUGACCUGCAAGGUAUGGAAGCUACAGUGACACUAUGCCACCGUAAUACACCUCCUGUAGACUUGGAAUUUUACUGUAAAAAUGCUGACAUUAUUAUCAGUGCCACAGGUGUUGUGGGUCUUAUAAAGGCGCCGAUGGUGAAACCAGGGGCUUGUGUAAUCGACGUCGGUAUUACACGAAUACAAGAUGAAAAUGGUCGUACUAAAAUUGUAGGUGAUGUUGAAUUUAAUGGUGUUAAGCAAAAAGUAAAGUACAUAACUCCUGUGCCUGGUGGUGUGGGCCCAAUGACUGUUGCGAUGCUAAUGAAAAAUACAUUCAAAGCUGCUAAACUUCGUGCAAUGCAAUGAGAGCUGGCUCUCUUAUCAUUUGGUAUUAUUAUCAAGUAUUAUUUUAUCAAUUCUGCAACUUUUUUUUUAUUGCUUAGUAGUAUUCCUUGUUAUUUUUGUUGACCUACAAGUAUAAAGUUUGUGUAGUUCAUUAGCUAUUUUUGAAUAAUAUCAAUGAUGGUGUAGUAUUAGCAAAACAUACUUUUUUUUAAUUACAUAAAAAUGACCAGUGGGGACUAAUAUGAACGUACAGGACUUGUAAAUUGUCAUGUAAGCUCCUUAUUACGUUGUUUGAUUAAAUAAACGAAUUAUCAUUGA